CUAGACCCUAUUAAUGAUCUUCUUUGCUCACAAUGUCUUGUACUCCUUUACAGCCAUGGACACUGUGAUGAAUAUUCUGGGUGUAGCACAAGCCAUUUAUGCUCAGUGCGAGCGGGUGAAGUGCUGUAAGUGCCAAAGCCAACGCCUUGUGGACCGAGUCCAGAUUCUGAUGAGGCCCAUCAAGACUUUGCAGGCUCAGCCUUCCAAAACAGUCUCCCCGCAGCUGGAAGAGGUGCUGCAGAAACUGCUGAGAACCUUGAAGAAGGCCAUGAGGCUGCUGGAGAAAUACAGCCACCAGAACUGGGUGCAGAAAUUCCUGAAAGCGAGUGAAGCAUUGGAAGAGUUUUCAAAUGUGAACGAGCAACUCAGCGAUGCUGCAGAAGGGCUGUCACUGCUGCUGCAAGUGGAGCAGACCUUCAAGGACAGUUUUCAGAAAGGCGUCCUGUACCAGGAGAAUAACAAGGACUUUGAGGCUGACAGGGUGUUGUUGGAAGAGAUGCUCAGAAGCAGCAAGGAAACCAGGGAUGGUGUGGGAAACAUCCAGUGUGAAGUAAAACAAAUUCAGGGCAAACUGGAUGAAGUUUUGCAAAAGUUGGAUGCAAGGCCAAGAACUUCCACAGAUGUGGAAACUAUCGAAAUAGAGAAAAGGCUCCUCACUAAGUGGACCCUUUUGAAGGAGUCUGAAAGCCACAUGCUUUACAAAGGAGAGUAUCACAAGUUCCCUGUGGCCAUCAAGGUCUUCAAAAACCCUAUGAUCAGCACACAGUGAGUGGUUCUAGAUCUCUUCAGAAAGGAGAUCAAAGCCAUGAAGAGAUUUGAGUCCCCUCACAUUCUUCGUAUGUAUGGCAUCUGCAUAGAUGAGAGCGGUCCAAGCCCUGAAUUCUCCAUUGUCACUGAAUAUUGUGAGAAAGGGACCCUGCGGGAUGUGUUGAAGAAAGAACCAGAUUUAUCCUGGAAGAUUCGCAUUCAGAUGGCACUUCACGCUGCUAUUGGCUUAUACAGGUUGCAUCAGACUGGGGACAAGUCUCAGCUGCAUGGCUCCAUCAGCAGCAACAAGUUCCUAGUUGCUGAAGGCUACAAUGUUAAGCUGUCAGGAUUUGAACUGUCUCAAACGGAGUCGUCUCUCCAACGGAAACACAAGGAGAAAAAACAGAAAGAAGUGUCUCCUUCGGCCUACAUCUCCCCUCAGGGCCUCACAUCAGUGAACCAUAUAUAUGACUUGCCAAGUGAAAUCUACAGCUUUGGCAUUGUGCUUUGGGAGAUUGCAACUGGCAAGACCCCUUUUAAAGGUUGCACUUCACAGGAGAUCUAUCAGGUUUGUAAGGAAGGCUACCAAGAACCCUUGGGAGAAGACUGUCCUGCUGGCCUGCGGGAGGUCAUCUACCAAUGCCGGAACUACCAGCCUUCUAAGCGCCCAUCAGCUGAAGCAAUUGUGGACUCUCUCUUGAGCAUCUCUUCUGUUACAACUAUGACCUCAUGAAAAGACAACCUGAGACGUUCCUGCAGAAAAUGAGAACUUGUUCCAUGCAAGAGCUAUGGGACCACAUUGCUGACUCCCUGCAGAGCUGAUUCAUGAUAUGACUGGUAUGGACAUGGCCAGGAAUAUUUUCUCUUUCACUCUGGACUACAAGGCAGAAACAUUCUCUGGACAGCCUGGCACAGUGCCUCAACCUCUGAUAUGUAAAAUGGCAAUAAAUGAUUUAGGAAACAGGUAGGAUCUGGAUAAUUUUUA